UUACAGCAGUUGCAAGAAUCGCAACAAUUACUACAAUCGGUGACCAAUCAGUCCCAUCAGCAGCAGCUCAUCACCAAUAAUCAGUCCGCACAACAGCAACAACACCAUAACCAACACCAACACCAACAGCAACAUCACCACAACACUAACCAUUCAGCGAACAACACCUCAUCGUCGACACACCAACACCUGAGCCAACGCCAGUCACCCCAUCAACAAUCCGGUGGCGGCGGUCAGUCCGGGACAGUGGCCGCCCAUCUGUCAGCGGUCGCCGCCGCGGCCGCCGGCGGCGGCACCGGCUCUUCGCUGGCCAACCAUAACACACAUCAUAACAAUAGCCACCACAACAACAGCCACAGCAAUACAAACGGCGGUAACAAUCACUCAUCCGGCAGUCAUUCAAGCAAACUAACGGCAAACAGUGUUAACAAUGGCAACAAUAGUAACGCUAAUAAUAAUAAUACAAGUAUUACUACUAACACGACGUCGUCGGUGCUAAACACACACCCGCCGCUCAAAGCCGUGGCCACCCGUCCCACGGAUCCCAAUCCCGAUGAGAUGACCGAUUUGGAAGAGUUGGAACAGUUCGCCAAGACUUUCAAACAGAGGCGGAUUAAAUUAGGUUUCACUCAGGGCGACGUCGGCCUAGCGAUGGGCAAACUAUACGGCAAUGACUUCUCGCAGACAACGAUCAGCCGUUUCGAGGCGUUGAACCUCUCCUUCAAAAACAUGUGUAAAUUGAAACCACUGUUACAGCGAUGGCUGGAGGACGCGGACGCCUCGCUAAACAACCCGACGGCGCUGAACAGCGCCCACUCGACGCCGGACUCGCUAUCG